AUGCAUUACGCCAUGAACGGUGAUCACGAGGCGGAGAUGAUGGAGACCGACACCGGCGAGACCUUCAUUCUUCAAAAACCGGACACCGCCAGAGAUUUCCUCUCCGCCGCUCGGAGGCUCAUCGAUCAAGGAGAGCCAUCCCAAGCUCUCCAAGCGGUGGUGAUGGCGAUGAGAACACAAGGAGGAGACGAAGCGGUGCUUCAGGUCCUAAACCGUACUCGUGAACUAUACAAGCGUAGAAUCCAAGACACAGCUAGUAUGGACCAGCUGGCUUCUAUAUUUGCAGAGUGUGCCAUCACAGAAGCACAGCCUCUUUGGCACGAGCCAACGCCAACAUCAACAGACUCAUUUGGUACCAAAGAAACAGUGACGGCGGAUUCUCGCGGCGUAUCUAUUCUUGAGAAAAGCGGGAGGUCACAGAUCAUGCUUGACGCCUUUGCCGACGGAAGCAGCUUUAUCUGUCUGCAAUGCGGUGGUCUCGUGAGCAUCCAUAGAAGAGAUGAACACUAUGCUUACUGGUGUAGCAAUAUGUGA